AUGCGUAGCGUUGCCGCCACAGUUCUCCUCGCCGCCGCCAAUGUGAUGAGCGCUCAGGAUACGGUCGGAUUUGUACUGGCGUUCUCCCUUGGUCCGACCCAGUCAUGUAUCCGCGAAGCGACCACCACUCUUAUUCUCCCUCUCGUGCCGAGUCCCCAUGUCCAGGCUCUUGCUGUCUCCUCCAUCGAUCCCAAGGCGAACUGCGGUGCCAGUGUCGGCCAGUGA